GCAUAUUGUCGGUGCGUGAGGGUUCUCUAGGUCAGUAGGCUUAGUAUCAAACAUGGACAGCAGGAGUAAGAUUGGGAUACUACUGAUAGUGUAUGCUUUACAACUGGUUCUGUGUUAUCCCUCCCCCCUCUCAUCCUACCGGACCGUAGACUCCGCACUGAGGAUCAGAAGAUCAGAUGAGAAGGAGACAGGGAGGAUCUUCUGGUCAGCCGUGGGAGACAUCCUGGAAUCCCUACCGUUCCUCCCGUUCACGGUAAACGUUCCGGACAUGAUCUCUGGAGUCUGGAACUUCUUCGCAGGGUUCUUCCCUGGGGCGGCGAACAAGAGGCCCAAGAGAAACUCUACGGAAGUAGUUUCAGAAGUUCCCAUCACUAGACAGGACGUUAUUGACUACUUCUUCUACGAUGAGUGAAGUUGGAAUGUUCUU